AUGCCAAACUCGCGCAUCGUACAACUGGCACAAAUGAUUGCAACUCGAACUUCGGUCCUAGAUGAGCACAUCCAGAACAAUAAUCUUUCACAGCCCGCUUUCGAACCAGGUAGUCCAACCGAGCCCAUCCAGCAGACUACGCCUGAAAUCGAGAAGGCCAGGACGGAUGUAAUAGAAGCGGCCAUUGAACUUCGUCAGCUUCUUGAAGGGCCAGUGAGGCUACUUCUUCCAGAGUCAAACUUCUCCCCACUCGCAGCCAUAUACAAUUUUAAAGUAGCUUCUUUCGUGCCACUGGGCUGCAGCAUCUCCUUCGUCGAGCUCGCUGAUAAAUGCGGGCUUUCCGAGCAUGAUUUAGGACGCAUCAUUCGCUAUGUUGCCGCUCAUCAUCGGGUGUUCUGUGAGCCUGAAAAGGGAUACGUGGCGCAUACCGCUGCCUCGAAGCUGCUGUCUGAGAAUAAAAUGAUUGAGCAUCUAAUGGGCCUGACAUUUGCUGAAUGUUGGCCUGCUCACUCAAGGGUCAUAGAUGCAAUUGCCAGGAAAAGCGAAGAGCCGAACAUAUCAGGCUAUGCAUUCGCCAACGGGACGAGUUUGAAUACAUUCGACUUCCUCUCUCACCAUCCAGAGCGAGCUCACCGCUUCGCCGGCGCAAUGUCUUCUACGUCCCAGGCUAGCCUUGAUGCGUUGAGCAACUACUUUGGUUGGGCCGGACUAGAGGCUGGCACUACCGUUGUUGAUCUUGGAGGGGGGCAAGGACACGUGAGCGUUCAUCUUGCACGAACAUUUACUCACCUUCACUUCGUUGUACAGGACAUGGCGGCUGUAGUCGAUGGCAUGGGUGAAAAGAUUCCAGAGGAUGUCCAAGAUCGAGUGAAAAUUACAGCCCACGACAUGUUCACCAAGCAGCCUAUCAAAGGAGCGGGUGUCUACCUGCUGCGAUAUAUUUUGCAUGACUGGCCAGAUAAAUAUUGCGUAGAAGUGCUGCGCCACCUGACUGCGGCUAUGAAGAAAGGAGCAAAGGUCGUCGUGCAGGAUCAUUUGCUGCCCGAGCCUGGAACGCUGCCUUUGCUUCAGGAAAUGCAGAUACGGUCUAUGGAUGCCAUCAUGCUCUCGCUGUUUAAUUCUAGGGAGCGCGAGGUAGACGACUGGCAGAACCUGUUCAAUCAGGCUGAUGGCAGGUUUGGAGGUUUCAGAGCGACGCGUGUCAAGGAGAAUCCAUCCACGGGGAUAAUUGUCGCAGAAUGGACGGGGGAAUGAAGCCAUGAGAAUGAAGCACGCGACAGUCGAGAUGGAUAUC